GCGAUGGUGGCGCUGGUGGUGGUGGUGAUGAUAAUGAUGAUGGGAACGGUGGUGUGAUGGUCAGAAGAGUGAGAUGUACUUGUUAACCGGGUUUGAGGUAGGAGACCAACCUGAACGAGGUCCAUUCGCCACCAUGUAUUCCAUACGAGGCUGUUGUCAAAAGAAGGAUCUAUUCUUGCUGUGUGGCAGUUCAUCGACGUCCUUCAAACACGAGCCAUACCUUGCAAAACUUUCAAGCCUUGCGUGAGCACAAUGUCAAACUUUAUGGGCUUUGCUCUUGGUCCCUUCGGUGGGGAUGAGGAAACCGAUGAUAAUUUGGCCUACAAUAAGGUAAAGGCCAGUUCUGACUUCCUGAUGAAUAACACCAAGUAUAGGCCCAAAAUUGCCGUCAUUUGUGGAUCAGGAUUAGAACAUGAUCUGAAUCCCCUAGCUGACUUGGCCAAUCUCUUGGAGCAACCCGACAUCUUCGAGUACAAUAACAUCCCGAACUUUCCCACGUCCACUGUACCCGGACACAAGUCUCGCAUGCUCUUCGGAACGCUGAACGGGAUCCAGGUGAUGCUCAUGCAAGGGAGAUUUCACGCCUACGAAGGUUACUCACUAUCCAAGGUAGCAAUGCCCGUGCGAGUGAUGAAGCUAUGCGGCAUCAAAAAGCUGAUCGUGACGAACGCAGCCGGCGGUUUGAAUCCAAAUUUCAAGGUGGGAGACGUCAUGAUUAUCAAGGACCACAUCAAUUUGCCCGGAUUCACGGGCGUGCAUCCCCUUCGUGGUCCGAAUGACCCCCGAUUUGGCAGUCGCUUCUUUGCUGUGAAUGAUUGCUACAUGAAAAGAAUUCGGGACCAAGCCUCGGAGGUUGUCAUGGAGCAGAAACUAGAGAAAUGUUUCCAUGAAGGGGUGUAUGCCAUGUUAGGGGGACCCAACUUCGAGACUGUGGCCGAGCUGAAAAUGUUGCGCAUUUGUGGCGUCGAUGCAGUGGGCAUGAGCACCAUUCCCGAGGUACUGGUGGCUCAUCAUUGUGGGAUCGCCGUAUUCGGCUUCUCUCUGAUUACCAACGAAUGUAUCGUCGAGGAAGAUUCAAAUCUUUUUGCUAACCACGAGGAGGUGAUUGAAGCCGCCAACUCCAGGAAAGAUCUCCUCAGCAAGUUUGUAUCGGAGAUCAUCAAGAGAAUGGAUGCUAUGGACCUAAAGAAUGACCAAGUCAAGGCUUGAAUUAGAUCUUCUCCGAUCAACCAAACAUAUAAUUUGAGAGUUGCUUUUUCCCAAUCUCAAUCAAUACCAAUGAUGGAUCUAUUUGGGUGCUACACAGCUGAUUGCAUCGUCAAGAUACUAAUGAUACAGACCACUGGUUAAAACCCAUUCUCGCCGUUAUUGAAGGAACGUGAAAGAACGCGAAAAAUAAAGGUAGUUUUAAAGGUA